CUCGGGCCCGGCCCAAGUGAAGACCCGGAGGAGAUGGCUCCAGGGAAGCGAGGCAGCAAGGCCAAGGGGGCCCCGGCGCCGGCGGCCGCGGCGGCGGCGGGCGCCGCCGGAGGGGAGUUCCCGGGCUGCCUCCGCCUGAUGCCGCCGUCCACCGUCGCCAUCUCCGUCCACGCCAAGCCCGGCUCCAAGAUGGCCACCAUCACCGAGAUCGGGGAGGAGGCCGUCGGGGUGCAGAUCGACGCGCCGGCCAGGGACGGGGAGGCCAACGCCGCCCUCGUCGACUUCAUCAGCUCGGUGCUUGGGGUGAAGAAAAGAGAGGUGUCCAUCGGCUCUGGCUCGAAAUCGAGGGAGAAGGUUGUGCUGGUGCAGGACGCGACGCUCGAGGGUGUUUUCGACGCCUUGAAGAAGGCGUGCGAUGCUUCCUCAUCUGUGUUUAUAAAUUAGUUGGGCAGAAUAUCAGAUGAAACGGGAACAGAGUAGCAGAGCUGAUGUUUCUAAAACAGCAAGCAAUCCGAAACGAAACCUAACGGUGUAGCAGAGCCAAUGUUGUACAAUCACCGCAUCAAGAUUUCACAGGGGUUUCUGAAACUAGCA